AUGACUCAGCUUGCCAAGCUUCUCAUCAUCCUGGCAGCCGCCAGCGCAACCCUCAGCGCCCCAACCAUGAGACCUCGCCAGCUCGCCGGCGAAGGCAGCUUCUUCGACUCCGUCUUUAGUGGCACCGACAACGGUGUCGGCUAUGGUGUCGAGAACGCUGAGGACAACGCUGCUAGUCUCCUCGGUGACAAGGCCGCGGAUCUUGUCCAGACUGAUGGAGAUAAUAUUGAUGGGCAGCUUACUCAGGAUGCGGCUACUCUUGGAGGUCAGAUUGUGCCAGUUGGAACUGUGUGA